AUGAAUCCAGAUCAGCCAUCAAUUGGCGAACGCCGAGGUCGUCGACUUGCGCCUCUACAAACCAAUUUCAGUCGACCAGCAGCUCAAAAACGGGUACAACGCCCUCGACCAACCGAGUAUCCCAGUACCGAUGGAUCAGAAGGUCCCAUUCCGCUCCAGGCCCCGGUUAAAAGGCAAUCCUCCAAAACGAGUCUGCGCAAUCUCUUUGGCCAUAAAUCUUCGCGCGCAGACCCCAAAUUGGAGGAGAUCAUAGAGGCACAGUCAGAACCUCAAACUGCCAUUCUGUCGGAAACAGCCCUGUCGCCCUCGAUCAUGAGCCCCCAAACUAUAGACACCAAUCCCACCAUUACCUCCCCGACAAUUACCACCCCGACAGAGCGAUCACGCACAACAUUGAAGCCCUCCCGUUCGAAACACGACCCCACACAUGCGAACCAGGAACAGUAUGGCUGGAAGCCUCCCCCAUUGUUCCAGGCCUAUCCCCAAUCUACCAAGCAUGCCUGUCUCCCGGCGCCUGCUCUCUCUGCGGAUUCCAUCUUGCGCCUGCACGCGACCACCGCAAGGAGCUCUACCGACGAUAACCCUGUCAAUCCUUUAGAACGGGAUGAGGCCGCUGAUGCAGCGCGUAAAAAGCGGGAACAAAAGCAAAAGAAACAUCUCCGGACACUAUCCGGUACCAUCAACAAGGUGGAUUGGACUGAGAAAAUAUAUGUCCUAGCAACCACUGGUUACAUCCUCCAAUAUGCAGGCGACGGGAAGCACGACCGUCUUCCAGAAAGGAUGCUACUGCUAGGGCCCAACUCUGUUGCAUUUGCUAGUGAUGCUAUCCCCGGGAAACAUUGGGUAGUCCAGGUCUCUCACAAUCCGACAGAUGAUGAUUCCGCCGUGCCGGAGCCCCCAAACCUCGAUUUUCGCGCUUUGGUUUCCACAAACCGAAUACCCGGCGAUUUUCGCGCAAUUUUCUUCUAG